AUGGCGGGUGACAAAGCAGUUGAGGAAGUUGAAAAGAAAGAGACCACUCCUACUGCUGCUGGGAAUGAAAAGAAAAAGGGCAAAGGAUUCUUUUCUCAAAUUUGGAAUGGAUUUUUUAGGGUUUUUAGGUUACACCGCGAUGAUUUUGAGAAGCGCCUUCAACAUAUUUCUAAAGAGGAAGCUUCUAUUAUUGCUAGAGUGGCCAGGAGAUCACGAUCAAGGAGGCGCGUGUCCCGCAAUCUUAUUCUAUUUUCUGUUUUAUUUGAGGUCAUUGCUGUAGGUUAUGCUAUUAUGACAACACGAUCAGUGGGUAUCGAUUGGAAAAUGAGGGCAAUCCGGGUUUUACCAAUGUUUCUUUUGCCUGCACUAUCAACUGCUGCUUAUUCAGCAUUUAUCAGCUUCACAAGAAUGUGUGAUCAAAGGGACGAAAAUAUUCUUGAAAAGCUUCGAGCUGAAAGGCAAGCAAAAAUCGAUGAGCUCAAAGAAAAAACAAACUAUUACUCCACACAACAGCUUAUUCAGAGAUAUGAUCCAGACCCAGCCGCAAAGGCAGCUGCUGCAACUGUUUUGGCGUCUAAAUUGGGUGCAGAUUCUGGUUUGCAAUGGUACAUGGGUGAUGACUCCAAUCGCAGUGGUGCUUCAACAGGGAAAAGCAAUGAUGUUGAACUUGUGCAGUCCUCUGGACUUCGAAAUCGGAAACAAGCUCAAACUAGAUCCACUGGUACAGGGACAACCUCACCAAAUUUUGCUGAUCAACAAUUAGUAGGUUCAGGUGGAUUCGAUCAAACCCAGGGGUCUGAGAAUAAUCAACUUGUUGUUGUUGAACAUCAACCUCAAAGUUCAAACCCACAAGAUGCAGGAUGGAUUGCAAGAGUUGCAGCGUUGCUUGUGGGUGAGGAUCCAACUCAAUCUUAUGCUCUCAUAUGCGGCAACUGCCACAUGCAUAACGGUCUUGCUCGAAAGGAGGAUUUCCCAUUUAUCACUUAUUACUGCCCGCAUUGCCAUGCGCUGAACAAACCAAAGCAAUUGGACGGUGUCUCUGGCCUUCCUUCUCCUAAUUCGAGGUCUGUGCAAAUGGAUGAACGUAUGUUGGCCCUUCGUUCCCCUAAUGCGGCAGGUUCUGUGCAACUGGAUGAACAUAUCUCGGGCCUUCCUUCCCCUAAUGGGGGGUCUGUGCAAUUGGAUGAACACGCCUCGGGAUUUCCUUCUCCCCAAACAGGCGAUAGUGAGGCAGUUUUAAAUGCUAGUGCUUCUGCUGCAGAGAGCACAAUCACAGGCAAUAGUCCCGUAAACAAUAGCCCUGAGAUUGAGGAAGUAUCAGAAAGGAAAAGUUUAGAGGAGAAAACUGAUUGA